AACUAUCAAUCAAUCAAUCACAGGAGCUGCCGAUACAAAGGCCUGCUGGGAGAAAUCUCAAGCCACCUGUGACAUCAAGAUCAGCAAAAGAAAGCCACGCCAGUGACCUCACGCCUCACGCGCGGCUGUGUACCAAUACUAUUUGUAUUGCUGUCUUGAAGUCUUCUUGUUCUUAGCGUAACCGUCCUGUGUCUGCUGUGAAACCAUCAAGACGAACAGAAAGGAGUCAGGACAGCACCAAGACCAGCCCACCGACUCCCUGCAGCAGGUGUGCAGGCAGGACGCUGCAGGGCUGGACAGCACCAAGACCAGCCCACCGACUCCCUGCAGCAGGUGUGCAGGCAGGACGCUGCAGGGCUGGACAGCACCAAGACCAGCCCACUGACUCCCUGCAGCAGGUGUGCAGGCAGGACGCUGCAGGGCUGGACAGCACCAAGACCAGCCCACCGACUCCCUGCAGCAGGUGUGCAGGCAGGACGCUGCAGGGCUGGACAGCACCAAGACCAGCCCACUGACUCCCUGCAGCAGGUGUGCAGGCAGGACGCUGCAGGGCUGGACAGCACCAAGACCAGCCCACUGAGUCCCUGCAGCAGGUGUGCAGGCAGGACGCUGCAGGGCUGGACAGCACCAAGACCAGCCCACUGAGUCUGCUGAAGAACUACAGAGUCUCCUAGAUGUGGAGCUGCCGCUACAAAGGCCUGGCUGGGGAGAAAUCCCGAGCCACCUGUGACAUCAAGAUCAAGAUCAAGAGCCCUGCAGCAGGUGUGCAGGCAGGAGGGUGCAGGGCUGGACAGCACCAAGACCAGCCCACUGACUCCCUGCAGCAGGUGUGCAGGCAGGAGGGUGCAGGGCUGGACAGCACCAAGACCAGCCCACUGACUCCCUGCAGCAGGUGUGCAGGCAGGAGGGUGCAGGGCUGGACAGCACCAAGACCAGCCCACUGACUCCCUGCAGCAGGUGUGCAGGCAGGAGGCUGCAGGGCUGGACAGCAACAUGAGCUGCUGAUGAUGAGUGGCCAGGAUAAGCAGGAGCAGACUGUUGUCGGUGGCAGGAGAGUCAGUGGUCCUCGGAAGCAGCUUGUUGCUGGCAACUCCAGCAACAAAGGAGAGAGGAAGUUUGAGUGUCUGGAGUGUGGAAAAGGAUUCACCUCGAGGCCAGGCCUCAAAUAUCACACCCAUAAACACACAGGUGUUAAAAACUUUGAAUGUAAGGAUUGUGGAAAAAAGUUCAGUUUAAAGGGUUUACUUAAUCAACACACCCUUAUACACACAGGUGUGAAAAACUAUGAAUGUGAGGAAUGUGGAAAAAAGUUCAUCAGAAAGGGUCACCUUGAUUCACACACCCAGACACACACUGAUGUAAAAAAUCAUGAAUGUAAGGAAUGUGGAAAAAAAUUUAGGCGGAAGGAACAAAUUCGUUUACAUGCUCUUACACACACUGGUGUAAAAAACUAUGAAUGUAAGGAAUGUGGAAAAAAAUUCAACAAAAAUAGUAGCCUUAAAACACACACCUUUACACACACUGGUGUGAGUAACCAUAAAUGUAAGGAUUGUGGAAGAUAUUUUAUCAGCAAAGGUCCCCUCACUGCUCACGCCCAUACACACACUGGUGUAAAAAACUACGAGUGUAUGGAAUGUGGAAAAAAAUUCUCAGCUGGGAGAUAUCUUAAGAGACACACAAUUACACACACUGGUGAAAAAAAAUAUAAAUGUGGGGAAUGUGGAAAAAUGUUUGGCCUGAAGAGUAACCUUACUCAGCACAUCCGUAUACACAGUGGGGUAAAAAAAUAUGAAUGUAAGGAAUGUGGAAAAAAGUUCAUCUCGAAGAAUAUCCUUGAUAAACACACCCUUACACACACAGGUGUGAAGAAAUUUGAAUGUAAGGAAUGUGGAAGAAAAUUCAGCAGGAAGAAUGUCCUUAAUCAACACACUCUUAUACACACAGGUGUUAAGAAAUUUGAAUGUGCGGAUUGUGGAAAAAAAUUCAUCGGAAGGGUAGGCCUCGUCACUCACAGCGUAACACACACUGGUAUAAAAAACUUUGAAUGUAAGGAAUGUGGGAAAAAAUUCAGCUGGAAGAAUAACCUCAAUGCACACAUCCGUACACAUACUCGUGCAAAAAAAUAUGCAUGUAAGGAAUGUGGAAAGAAAUUCACCCGCAAAGCUGACGUUGACUCUCACACCCUUACGCAUUUUGGUGGAAAACCGUAUGAAUGCCAAGAAUGUGGAAAAAAAUUUAGCCAAAAGAGUUACCUUAAUAAGCAUACACUUACACAUAUGAAAAAUCAUGAGUGCAAAGAGUGUGGGAAGAGAUUCACUGUGAGGUCGGCCCUUGACCGGCACAUCUUUGGGCACUCUGGCCUUCGAGAGUUCAAGUGUGAUGUUUGUGGGAAACUCUUUAAGAAGAAGAUUGGCAUUACUAAACACAUGAAGACCCACUUCUAAGGUGUAUUUACCUACAAUAGUUAUACUGACCAGUUUGUAAGCAAAAAUUAAGUCUGAAGAAGAAAGCUGAGUGAGGGAGUGGGAAAAGCAGUCAUGUAAGAUGAAGAAAGUUUGUCUUCUUUAUGUAUACAUUUUGUCUCACUCCACGGAUGGUGUAGAUGUGUUGGGAUAAGGUUUGUAAUGCCUCACACUCAACUAUGGUUCUAGAUUGAAUCUUGGGGUGCUGGUACUCUAGCGUGUGUGAAAGGAGGGUCGAUGAGACCGUAGAAUUAUGCUACUAGAGUGUCCUAGGUAUGAUAGGGCUAGGCAGAGUAUGGUAGGAAUGAUAACAGGAAUUUGGAAUUUGGCCACAUGGAGCGAAUGGAGGAGAGUAAGAUGACCAGAAAGGUGUAUACGAGUGAGAUAGAGGGAGGGAAUGCUAGAGGAUGACCUCCUGUGAAAUAGAGGGAUAGGGUGCAAGAGUACAUUAGGGAGAGGGGGCAAAGAUCUUUAAGAAACUUUGAGUAGGCAAGGAGGGUGUGUCUGGAUAGAGAAAGUUGGAAGCUCUUCUGCCGUGGCCAUCCCCUGGUGGGAGCUCCUAGGAGCAGGUGUCGAUGAAAUGAUGAUGAUGAUGAUGAUGAAUUUGGAACAGAAGUAUGGAAUAGGAUACUAGAGGGGAAUGUAGAAAGGGUGAUAGAACUCUUCCUAGGUCUGAGUACACUGCAGACAGGGACCAAAAGAACAAUAGAGGGGGUUAAGGAAUUCCUAGAGAGAGCCUGGGCAGUGUGCACCAGAUAGGGUGGACUCCUGUAGAUGUCCCCGCCUGUGCCUCUACGGGCUCUACUAAGGCUGUAUUCGUUUGGAUUUUCAGGGUGUUGGCCAUGAGGGAGUAAACUGUUACAAAGGCUAUGGUUGAACCGAAAGGGACAACUACCUCCCAAACCAACACCAAGUCAAUUUUUCGUACUUUCCACAGGUGUUUUACUACUGUACAUCUUUUCAUUAGUUCAUUAUUCACACUGAAAAGCAUUUAUCUCUGAAUUUCUUUAUUUAUGUUUUCCCACUGGUCAAAUAGUUUAUGCUGGUUCCUGAUGCUUUCAUUUUUUUCACAGUAUAUUAAGAAGUGCUCCAAAGUUUCCAUUUCUCAGUUACUUAGUUGAUAUUUUUCUUCACCUUCUCUAAGGAAUUUGUUCCUCGAAUAUCGUUGUAGCAUUAUGUGGGGGCUUUCUUCAUUACGUGUGAUUCCUCACUUGUCAAACCAUUUUUCUUCUUUUAUGUUGUGUUUGUAGAGUUUGUACCAGCUGAGUGUAGAUUUAUUUUCCAUUGACUUAUUUCCAUAUGUUUGUAUCCCAUUCAUUGAUUUUACUUUUUAUUUGUUCUUCAGUUAGUAGGUUAAUCUGUUUGUAUCAAUACUUACCUUGUCCAUGUAAAAUUUGACUUGCUUAGCCAAAUUACUUUGUCCUUUAUCCAGUUGCUGGAGGGUUAUUUCUUUUAAGAGGUUAUUGUGUUCUUCUAUUGUGUGUUUUACAAAUAAGCUGCCUUGCAUGUCUGGAGGCUGCAGAGGAUGCUCCCACUUCUACUGUGAGAGCUGAUUCAGCUGUGUCGUGUAAUAGGUGCAACAUGUUCCUGCAUGCCUGGUUGUCUACUGUAAGCUUUGCCGUUCCUGCUUGGUGUAUACCAUGACCUCAGAAGUGUAGAGGAAUCCCAGCAUUACUAGUACUUUCCACAAGGCUUUUCCAAUCAGAAGUCAGUUACAUGAAUUGCCUCAAUCAAAGCACAGAAUAUUUCUCAGUUGUCUUGCCUUGCUAAACCUUUUAAGGUUCAAGGAAGCAAUUUCUACUGGAAAUAAUUUUAACUCAGCUACUUGUAAUUUUUAUGCCAUUUGUUUUUGUUGUCGAGUCUUUGGUCUUGUUGCUGUAAAUCAGGAUAUUGCUCUUGUUUUUGUUGAUCUUGCAGCCACAAUCUGCUCCAUAGACAGUAAAGAAAAAGUGUCAUUUACAUAUACAGCAUCAGUUUUACAAAUUUCAUUCUUAAAGCUAACAUUUUCCUGUAGUUUUCUUAUAAUGUAGCAGGUGAUGAGGAGGAAUAGGGUUGUAGACCUGUUACAUCCCUACCUCAUUACAGAUAUCACUUAAAUUUGUGCUUGCUCUCUUUCAUUUAGAUAUAACUUUGUUUAAUCUAUUGUAUAUAUUUUUGCUAUUGCAUCCAUUAUUUGUACAUGUAUGUUGUAUUUCAUUUAAAGUUCAGUUACUAUGCAUUUCAGGGGCCUUGACCCAUCGCUUUUCGCAAAUAUCUUAUAAAGAAGCAGCUUGAGCAGUGUGGUAUUUUGGCACAGCAUUUUUUUUUUUUUUUUUUUUUUUUUUUUUUUUUACGUCACUGCCUGUUGCGCCGGUAGGCAUCUUCCUGGUGGGGCCUGAUGGUCAGCCCAAGGCUUCUACCAGGUGGGGCCUGAUGGUCGGCCCAGCCCGUUCUGGCGCAGGCGAGUGUUUAUAGUGGCGCCAUCUUGCAUUGGCUCAUGCUGCCCCCCGGAACUCGUUCUUGAUUCGCUUGGACGGCUUCCUCUAGAGUCCGGGUUAAUGGGUGGUCUUCAGGACAGCAUGUGGGUAGUUUUAAGCCACUCGGCGGUGACUGAAAAAUCCGAGUGGUAGCGUGGGGAUUCGAACCCGCGUCGUCCAUCACGCGGUGAAUGUGGGCCCAGUACGCUACCACUUCGGCCACUGCCUACCUAUUGUUGACACCCUGCCAUAAUUUUUGGCAAUAUAGUGCAUUGCAAAAUGUGAAUGAUUAAGGUGCUCACUUCCGACUUUAUUGGUUAAGCCUGGCAUGGCCAUCUAGACAUUCGAACAAGGGAAGCGUGACUUUGCUGUCACGUGUGUACCCACCCUCUCGAUCCUGUCUUCCCCUAAGUCUAUACAUGUAUAUACCAAGUCAAGUCACUCUGCUUCAAAACUGCGACCGGUACGUGCAGGGGGCGGAGCAGCGGGAUGACGUCACUUGAAGGUAAAAAAAAAUACCCACCAUUUCAGGGGUGACUAAAGUUGCGGCUGUGUGUGCACUUUGGAUGUGCAUGCUUGCCUUCUUUCACAGCGCAUUCAGGCAAGCCACUGACGGAAAAAAAUAUGCCUUUUUAUUUUGCUAUUGCGUGACUGUAAUUCCAGUGCCUACAGACAGUGGUGUGGGGUGUGAGGGAGGGCAUGAUGAAGUGAUUGAUUUAAAUUAGUCUGCCUUUUUUUGUUUUCUCUAAAUCCCUGUUUCUACAUUCUCUAGUUUGGCUCCAAGCACUGUCACGCAUAAACCACACCUCGGUCGUGUCUCCUCCUACAAACCUGCGUAUGACUUGACUUGGUGUAUAUAUACGUAUAUAGACUUGGGUCUUCCUCUUCCUCCCUCCCUCCUCCGUCUCCCGUGCCCUCCCUCCACCAUCACCCCACCUUUCUCUCUCUCUCUCUCUCACACACAUGCAUUAUAUAUAUAGAAUUCAGCCAUGCACAUGUUAUUUGUCUUUAGUGCAGAUAAUUCGUAAGUACACGCUGAGUAUGGUAGGGUGGUUUGGGCUAACGACUUAGAUAGCUGUUCCAGCAUGGCUGACCGUCUAAAGGUGUCCUGCAUUUGCCAGGAGUUGUUUGCAUCAUUUGUCCACCCAUCCGCUUGCUAUCAUUGUCUACAUUGACCGUUUAACGUGGCCACAACCACCCUCUCCCUAUUCCUUUCGACUCUCCCCUCUUGAAGUUUUUUUAUUCAUUUAUUUAUAUAUUAUUUGCUUACCUUUCCAUCCAUGUAUUUACCCUAUAUUAGUCCUGCAUCCCUGCCCUAUUCCCACCCUUACCUCCUUCCGACACCUAACCAACCUCCCGUCAAUGACCAUGCCUCAGCUGCCCCAGCCCACCAGACCUCCAACAUAACCUGUGGAAAAGAGGGCCAAAUACAGCUUCCGUUGAUAUAUAUUCGUAAUUCCACGCUUCUUGGCUAAAUUUGUUAAUUAGCGACCGGGCUCAAAAAACGACUCGAAAGGGUAAAAAAUCAAAUAAAUUCGCAAAAAACGACUGAAAAAAAAACUUUUUGAGUUCCCAACCUUGAAACCCACUCAUUUUUUGAGAAUUUCAAAACACUUAUUUAGCAAAAGAUUUAGCCCUGCCAAUGUGCUUUCCAAUAUGGUGCAUAACAUUUCCCUACUCCCAGUAGUUUCGUCGCUAGAGCUCGAAACAAAAACCCUGUCAAGAGCGAUUUUGACGAACUCCAGACACUUUGCCAUUUUUGUCUAGUGUGGCCUUGCUAUCGCCUCUAGAAGGCUGUAAUUUGGCAUGUAGCCCCUCUUGGCAAUGUAGUUUGACCAACUCGACGGAGUUUUUGAUAGCUCGAUUCCAAGUUGGUCAUCGAGGUGUCACAAAAUAGCCUGUUUUUACGGCCCUUUUGCUGCGAUUUGGAUACGUUCUAGAUUUUUGCUUAUAACUUUUAUUUAUUUCAUGCUUUCCAAUUUUUUUCUGAUUAUUAAUCUGUAUUAAAAGAGCUUUCAUUUGCCACCAAGCACGCCUUCCUGAUGCCAUAAAAAUUAAUAUAUAUGCAUAAAAAUUCAUAUGUGAACACUUCAAUAUGUUGACUAUCUUGUAUCAAAACCAUUUUAAGAUAUCUAAAUAAAAAAGUUACUAGUUU